UCAGUGCCUGGCUCACCCACACCUGCCUGUAUCAUCGCCAUCGCCGUCCUGCAGUGCCCUUCCCCCUGAGAACCCAGCCCCCAGUGCCCCUGCUCCUUGCCCACCCCUCCCCAGUAUCCAGCAUCCCUUGGACAGACCCGCCACUGUCACCGCCGCCACCUCUGCCGUCCCCAACGCCACAUCCUCAGGGCCAGCAAGAUGCAGUUUGAGAUGCACGACAACGUGAAAGGCAAAGCCAUGUCCUACCCAGUGACCAGUCAGCCCCAGUGCGCCAGCAGCUGCUACCAGACCCAGCUCAGUGACUGGCACACGGGCCUCACCGACUGCUGCAAUGACAUGCCCGUCUGUCUGUGCGGCACCUUCGCGCCCCUGUGCCUGGCCUGCCGCAUCUCCGACGACUUCGGGGAGUGCUGCUGCGCGCCCUACCUGCCCGGAGGCCUGCACUCCCUGCGCACCGGCAUGCGGGAGCGCUAUCACAUCCAGGGCUCCGUGGGGCACGACUGGGCGGCCCUCACCUUUUGUUUGCCCUGCGCCCUCUGUCAGAUGGCGCGGGAAUUGAAGAUCCGAGAGUGAGGAGGCUCCCCCGGCCUCCUCUGCCCCCUCCUGGGAGGGCCUGCCCGCACGCCCUAUCCCGCUACCAGAAAUACACCCACAAUAAAAACCUGAAAACCAA